AACUUUAAGGAAAAUCAUGUCAUUGCCAUCGUCAGGUCAGUCUGACAGUGACAGCAAUUAUGUCUACAAAUAUUUUUUCGUUCUACCCAAAAAUUAUUGAUUAAAAUCUCUGAAAAUACCAUUGAAAUCUAAUUACAAAUAACCAAAAUUUAUGAUACUACCCCAAUAUCUAAUACUCAAUACAGCCGGCGUGCCUAAUUGUUGCUGAUUAUUGGUAUACAGCUUUGACCUUCACAAGGUGACCGAUACUCGUCGGCGGAUUUCUUCUUCAGUCGGGGUUGUUGUCUUUCUCGGGUCGCACGAGUUGGGUGGAAAAAUAAUAUUAAUAUAAAAAUGAGCGUUCAAACGGAUCAUGAAAAGCGGAAGCAGAUUUCGGUGAGAGGAAUAGUGGCGGUGGAGAACGUUGCUGAAGUGAAGAAGGCUUUCAAUCGCCACGUCCAUUACACACUCGUGAAAGACAGGAAUGUUGCAACGCCAAGGGACUACUACUUCGCUUUGGCCCACACGGUCCGGGACCAUCUUGUUUCCCGUUGGAUUCGCACCCAGCAAUAUUACUAUGAAAACGAUCCCAAGCGCGUCUAUUACUUAUCUUUGGAAUACUACAUGGGGCGCUCACUCCAAAAUACCAUGAUCAAUCUUGGUAUUCAAGGAACAGUUGAUGAAGCCUUAUACCAGCUGGGUUUGGACAUUGAGGAAUUAGAAGACUUGGAAGACGAUGCAGGACUUGGCAAUGGUGGUCUAGGCCGACUUGCUGCUUGCUUUCUGGACUCCAUGGCUACCUUAGGCAUGGCAGCUUAUGGUUAUGGUAUAAGAUACGAGUACGGCAUCUUCGCGCAGAAGAUAGAAAACGGUGAACAACAGGAGGAACCCGACGACUGGUUGCGUUAUGGAAGCCCAUGGGAGAAGGCGCGCCCUGAGUUCAUGCUCCCCGUCAACUUCUACGGUCGUGUGGUUGAUACACCGCAGGGGAAGAAGUGGGUUGACACUCAAGUCGUAUUUGCCAUGCCGUACGACAAUCCGAUUCCUGGAUAUAACAACAAUGUAGUUAACACAUUACGCCUUUGGUCUGCAAAGAGUCCUACCGAUUUCAAUCUAAAAUUCUUUAAUUCUGGAGAUUACAUUCAAGCUGUCCUGGAUCGCAAUGUCGCUGAAAACAUUUCAAGGGUGCUUUAUCCUAAUGAUAAUUUCUUUGAGGGUAAAGAGUUGCGACUUCGCCAGGAGUACUUCAUGUGCGCCGCCACUCUUCAAGACCUAAUCAGAAGAUUCAAGUCGUCUAAAUUUGGAAGCCGGGAAGCUGUCAGAACCACUUUCGAAACUCUUCCUGAGAAAGUCGCUAUUCAACUCAACGACACACACCCUGCACUAGCCAUUCCAGAAUUGUUGAGAAUUCUCAUCGACGUCGAGAACGUGCCCUAUGAAGAAGCAUGGCAGAUGGUUGUGAAAUGUUGUGCUUACACUAACCACACAGUUCUACCUGAAGCAUUGGAGAGAUGGCCUUGCUCCAUGUUGGAGAACGUACUGCCGAGGCAUAUGCAAUUGAUUUACCACAUCAACUUUUUGCAUCUUCAGGAGGUCGAAAAACGUUGGCCCGGUGAUAUGGAACGCAAGCGUCAUAUGUCACUGAUCGAGGAGGAUGGCGAGAAGCGUGUGAAUAUGGCCAACCUCUGCAUUGUUGGCUCUCACGCUGUCAACGGUGUGGCAGCUAUUCACUCUGAUAUCAUUAAAAACACUGUCUUCCGUGACUUUUAUGAAAUGUGGCCUGAGAAGUUCCAGAACAAAACUAACGGUAUAACUCCUCGCCGCUGGCUUUUGCUUUGCAAUCCAGGUCUGUCGGAUCUGAUUUCUGACAAAAUUGGUGAGGAAUGGACUGUCCAUUUGGAACAGUUGCAAGGUUUGAAGCGCUGGGCUAAAGACCCUGCCUUCCAACGCGCCGUUAUGAAAGUGAAACAGGAGAAUAAAUUGCGCUUGGCUUCCCUCAUUGAGCGCGACACUGGAGUUAAGAUCAAUCCAGCAUCGAUGUUUGACAUUCAAGUGAAGCGAAUUCACGAAUACAAACGUCAAUUGCUGAAUAUUCUUCAUGUUAUCACAUUGUACAACAGAAUUAAGCGAGAUCCCACUGCACCGAUCACGCCACGAACAGUCAUGAUUGGUGGAAAAGCUGCUCCAGGAUACUACAUUGCUAAGCAGAUUAUUGCCCUGGCGUGUGCUGUUGGCAAUACCAUUAACAAUGACCCCGAUGUCGGAGAUAAAUUGAAGCUUAUAUUCUUAGAAAACUACCGCGUCACUUUGGCAGAGAGAAUCAUGCCCGCUGCUGAUCUGAGCGAGCAGAUUUCUACUGCAGGCACUGAGGCAUCCGGUACUGGAAACAUGAAAUUCAUGUUAAACGGAGCUUUGACAAUCGGUACUAUGGACGGAGCCAACGUCGAGAUGGCUGAAGAAGCCGGCGAGGAAAAUUUGUUCAUCUUCGGCAUGAGAGUUGAUGAUGUAGAAGAUCUGAAGCGUCGUGGUUACAACGCGUACGAGUACUACGAGCGCAACCCGGAGCUACGUCAGUGCGUGGAACAGAUCCGCAGUGGUUUCUUCUCGCCGGGCGAGCCGGCCCGGUUCUCAAACGUCGCAGACGUUCUGCUGCAGCACGACCGCUUCAUGCAUCUGGCCGACUAUGAUGCUUAUAUAGAGGCGCAGCAGAAGGUCUCCGACGCGUACCAGGAUCAAGCUAAGUGGGCCGAAAUGGUGAUUUUAAAUAUCGCGUCGUCUGGUAAGUUCUCCUCGGAUCGUACUAUCGCCGAGUACGCGCGUGAAAUUUGGGGAGUGGAGCCCACUUGGGAGAAGCUGCCUGACCCUCACGUAACUGUAACUGCCUAAGCGAUAUAAACUCGCAUGAUAAGGGUACAUGACUGAUGGUUCGUCCAGCAUUUUUAAAUACUUAUUAAGUUUUUAUUUUGAAAUUUUGUUACAGGCAACAUUAUUUCUUAUUAUCACAAUGUGAUUGUUCUGAAGUCAAAUAUUAGAUACUACACUAUAUAAAUUUUGGUGCUCAUAUUUUAAUAUUUUAAAAUUACGCUGGUGUUUACGUCAUGUACCCCAUAUGUAACUGCGAACAUCAUCGUACACACGAAUCCCUUGAACAUAGUUUGUGUUUAUAAACUUUUUUUUUUGGAUGUUUCGGGCCGCUGAGAUUAUGAUAUCCAAUAGCAUUUACAAAUUCGAUUAGGAAAUUCGAAAUCUUCUAUUAGCAUCGCCCACAUGGUCUUUGAGUAUGGCAGUUUUAAGCUCAAUAAAUCCCAAAAAAAUUAAGCAGUAUCUAGAAUAAUCUCUUAACAUCUGAUACAAUAAAGAGUUUUAUCACACUAUAAGCAAACUCUUACAUCAAUCGUAUCUUCCAUCAAUUUGAUGGACACACACAGCUUUUUUUAAUUUAAUAAAUCACAGUUUAAAUGUUCCUAUCGUAACACACUUUCUUAACUAGAUCUUCACAACUAUGUGUUGCAGAUGGUUGCAGUUAAAUAAAAAGUAUUUUUUGCAUCUUCUUCACGUUUACACUUAAUAUAUGAGUUAUAUGAGCCA